UCUGUCUUUUUCGUUUGUCCUGGCUCACUUUGUCACCAGGUUCGUGGAGGCUGACAGAGCAGCAAUUGUCCUGUUUCCAGCGCUGGAGACCAGGUGGGAGUACCUGCAUACAGGUAGGGGUGUGGCCUCCUCUGGCCAGGGGUCAGACUCAGUGUGGGCUACUACUGGACUAAGGGGUAGAGGUCAGACGAGAUGGAUAUCUGAAUGUAACCCAGCAGGGGAGAUGUUAUUUUCUCGAACCCAAAGCCACAAAAAUUUUGACGUGGAUGUUCUGUAACCGUACUUACAGCAUUUUUUCACUAAUUUCAAGACAUGAUCAAGUACAGUUAUCAUAUUUAAAAAGAAAGCAGUUUUAGACAGGGAGGGUUUUUUUUUAUCAUUUGUUGCCUUUUUAUAUAUGUGUCACAGUUUUGUGCUAAAAUAUGUGUAUAUUCUCAGUGUAACAGAGGAAAGAAUUGCUUGUUUACAUGGACUGGUCACAUUUGUUCAUGUGCUUGUUCCAAAAAUGACCGUUAAUUAUUUCUGAGCAGGUGUAAAGUCAGUGUUUUUCUACUAAAGUCCCUCUUUUUCAGUUGCACUUUACAAAAAAAAGGUGCCAGGCUGGUUCUGUUGUUUGUUUCAUGGAAUGGAGAUGCAAUGACACAUGAUGGGAACUAUAUUGUUAGAAAUUUUCAAUUUUAUUGUCUAAAUGUUCUGUCCUUGAUUUUGCAGCAGAUGCACAACCUGCAUUAAACUUAUAGAUUUUGACUUUCUUGUUACUGAGGAGAACCGAGGUGUCUGGUUGAAGGGUGUAACUCAGAGAUAAGACUCUGUAUGUCAGCUUUUGAAACUACAACGUAGUUCGCAUUCAUAACGGCCGACUCAUUAUCUGUCUGAGCCACGGCUCCGCAAACAAACUCGAAGUGAGUGUAGAUGGUAGAUGGCGGUGCUUUCAAACAGGGUGCCUCCAAAGGGCCGAAAGCAGAUCUUAUUGUGAUUCACCCAAACACCCAACCAAGCUGAUUACAAACCAAUGGUGCUUUAAGUGUCAUUACUUCCACAAUGUAAUAUGUAUAUUUGGUAAAUCCUGUUUUUUGGAUGCUAUCGCAAUUAGAUGAAAAACUCCCACCAGAUAGAACAGUUGUCUGAAGAUUUAACAUAGCUGAUCCUCAUUGAGUCAUUUGUGGUUUCUAAUUACAUUAAGGAUAUGAUUAUGUCCUGUUCUUUUGUUUGUGUUAAUUCAUUUUUCGUUACAGGGAAUGCAUAAACGUAGCUGAGAGUUGGAGACCAAUAAUUCAACAUCCAUGGAAAACAAUUUCAGUUUUGAUGAGAGCAGUGACAUGUCUUAUGAAGACAAUGACUCGGCCUUCCCCUCCCCACUGGCCCUCUCUCCACCAGGCUUCGGCUUUGGAAUGAGGAAGGAGGAGGAGGAGAAUGAACCACCGUCAGAGGCCAUCGUCAUCCCCAGCGAUUCAGAGGCUUUUCUGAACCUGAACACCAAUGCCACCACAAGAGGGGACGCUCAGGCUUACGUGGAGCUGAAUGAGCUCCAGGGUAGCACCUGGCAGGAGACCAGCCGCUGGGUGGGCUACGAGGAGAACUUCAAUCCCGCCACCAGAACGUGGGGUCCAUCCCAUGUCUCCUAUCUCACCUUCAAGAGCUUAAUUCAGCUCCGCAGGAGCAUGGGCACAGGUGCUGUCAUCUUGGACCUGAACGCCAGCAGUCUGUCUUCCAUUGCUGAGAAAGUGGUCGAUGAGCUGGUGAAUAAGAAUGAGAUUCGUUCCGGCGAUCGAGAUGGCCUGCUGAGAGCUCUCCUCAUGAGACGCAGCCAGUCUGGGGGACCUGAGGUGACUCCUUCUGGAGACAUUCAGAUGCAAACCUUUUCUGUAACAAAGAAGAGAGACAGCUCUGACAACAUGGAGGCCUCAGUUGUCCUUUCAGGUGUGGUCGAGUCCCUGGAGAAACCGGUGGUGGGAUUCGUCCGGCUGGUUGACUCUGUGGUGAUGGAGUCCGCCCUGGAGUCUCCUGUCCCCGUCCGAUUCGUCUUCGUGCUGGUGGGCCCCAGCCAGAGCGGAAUGGACUACACCGAGACUGGCCGAUCCAUGGGAGCUCUGAUGGCCGACUGGGUUUUCUGUCUUGAAGCCUUCUUGGCCCAGAGUGAGAAAGAUCUGACUAACGCCAUCGCCGACUUCAUGGACUGCAGCAUCGUGAUUCCUCCCACUGAGAUCCAGGACAAGGCCAUGCUGGAGCCCAUCAUCGACUUCCAGCAGAAGAUGCUGCGCGACAGACUGCGUCCCUGUGACAGCCGCCUCGCCUUCGGAGACAGAGUUAAAGUUGACCAAGCCCCAGCCGAGCCCAGGGAGGACCCUCUGGCCCGGACAGGAUACCCCUUCGGUGGGAUGGUGAAGGACAUAAAGCGGCGUUACAGCGUCUACAUCAGCGACUACACAGACGCUCUGAACCCUCAGGUGCUCUCCGCCGUCAUCUUCAUCUACUUCGCUGCCUUGUCCCCGGCCAUCACCUUCGGAGGGCUUCUAGCUGACAAAACAGAAAAAAUGAUGGGUGUGUCCGAGCUGAUGAUCUCCACCAGCAUCCAGGGUGUCAUCUUCUGCCUCAUCGCUGCCCAGCCGGUCCUGGUCAUCGGCUUCUCUGGACCACUACUGGUGUUUGAAGAAGCUUUUUUCGCGUUCUGCAAGGCCCAGGGAAUAGAGUACAUCGUGGGUCGUAUCUGGGUGGGAAUGUGGCUGAUCGUGAUCGUGGUGAUCAUCGUGGCUGUGGAGGGAAGCUUCCUGGUCCGAUUCAUCUCCCGAUUCACCCAGGAAAUCUUCUCCAUCCUCAUCUCCCUCAUCUUCAUCUACGAGACCUUCAAUAAGCUCAUCAAGAUCUUCAAAACCCAUCCUCUGAUCCUGAACUACGAUCAUCUGAACGACACGUUGGACAACCCCUUCCACCCGGUCAUCAAGCAGCACGUCGAGUACCACCCGGACGGCAACGUGACCGUCCGUGACCUGGAGAUCGAGAGGCCGUACCCCAACACUGCCCUGCUGUCUAUGUGCCUGAUGUUUGGCUGCUUCUUCAUCGCCUUCUUCCUCCGUCAGUUCAAGUCUAGCCACUACCUCCCUGGCCCGAUGCGUCGUUUGAUUGGAGAUUUCGGAGUCCCCAUUGCUAUUUUCUUCAUGAUCGCUGUGGAUAUCAGCAUUGAAGAUGCUUACACUCAGAAACUGGUUGUGCCAAAAGGUGUUGAAGUGACCAACCCCGCAGUCCGAGGCUGGUUCAUCAACCCCAUGGGAGAGAGGAAGCCUUUCCCCAUCUGGAUGAUGGGCGCCUGCUGCGUACCUGCGCUGCUCGUCUUCAUCCUCAUCUUCCUCGAGUCCCAGAUUACUACGCUGAUCGUGAGCAAACCCGAGAGGAAAAUGGUGAAAGGAUCCGGCUUCCACUUUGAUCUGCUCAUCCUGGUCACCAUGGGGGGGAUCUCCUCCAUCUUCGGGGUGCCCUGGCUGAGCGCCGCCACCGUGCGAUCUGUGACCCACGCCAACGCCCUCACCGUCAUGUCCAAGGGCCCCAAACCGGAGAUUGAGAAGGUGGUUGAGCAGAGGAUCAGUGGCAUCCUUGUGGCCAUCAUGGUUGGUGUUUCCAUCUACAUGGAGCCCAUUCUGAAGAUGAUUCCUAUGACGGCCCUGUUCGGUAUCUUCCUCUACAUGGGUAUCACCUCUCUGAGUGGAAUCCAGAUGUGGGACAGGAUGCUUCUGCUGAUUACUCCCAAGAAAUACCAUCCCUCUGAUGCCUACGCCACCAGGGUGUCGACCUUGCGGAUGCACUUGUUUACUCUGAUCCAGCUGGUGUGCCUGGCCAUCCUGUGGGUGGUGAAGAUCAGCCCCUUCUCUCUGGCGCUGCCUUUCGUCCUCAUCCUCACCAUCCCUCUUCGCAUGUUCUUGACUGGAACAAUCUUCUCUGUAAAGGAGAUGAAAUGCCUGGAUGCAGAUGAUGCCAAAGUGAAACUCGACGAGGAUGAGGAUUUCCCACUGGCAUAAACAUCACCAUUUAAUUCACAUACUUCUAAGUGAAGUCUUUUUUUUUUUUUUUUUGCAGUUUCCAGCUGCUAUUAUUAUUUAUCUUUUCAUCAUUUUUAGAAUUCAAACACAAAUUUAUGUUUGUGACCACAACUGACAACCAUUUAUUUUGUCAUUUAGGUGUGUAACUAUCUGUCCUAAUCUCUCUCAUUUUCCAAAUUUCUUUUCCAUAUCUUAUCUUUCCAUGUGGCAUUAAAAAUGCUUGCCCUUUUGUUUUGUACUUCAGAUAUUGGUCACGACUGUUUAUACUAUAGUUUUUUGGGUUUUUUUAAUGCCUUGAUUCAGGAUAAAUGUUAGGAUUUUGGAAAUGAGAGGUAUUUUCCCAUAAGAUGUGAGGCAAAUCCAUUUAUCAAAUGUUUUUUUCUUCUUUUUUUCUUUCCAGCACGGCUUUAAAGUGACUACAGUGCAGUCACAUUUUAGAUCUGCCGACAUAAUAACAAUAGAAUUGAAUGUUGUUUUAUCUUUACUAUUUAAGCUAGACAUAUUUUUUUAUCUCGUCACAUCUUUAAUCACACACACAAAUAAUAAACUUUAUGGUGCCUUUUCCACAUGUACAAUCCUGUACCUCGACAAUUCCCAAAAAAUAUGUGCGUUUGUCAAGUUUGCCUUGGUGGUAUGCACUUAUAUCUGAUUUUAAGAGUGUAGUUGCUUUCAUGAUUUUAAAAUGGGAUGAGCAUUAUAGCUCCACAGUCAGUGAUGAGAUAUGUAUUUUUUUGAGUGAAUGAAGGAAAAACUUCUUUGUAAAUGUGUCACAUUAUGCAAUUUGUGUUGCUGAUCACAUUUGUGUGCUUGAAACACUGUACAUGCUUUGGAUUUCGCUUUAUUAAAAGUAAAAACAACCUUUAAAA